AUGAGCGAACCAACCACAAGUACGGAAACUCCGCAGGAUGGCAUCAACCGCCAGCUCAGCUGGUAUGAGCCCGAGUUGGCGCAGGUCAAGGAGCCUGCACGUACCAUUCUUGCCGAAUACAGCAAGAUUCCGGAGGAGAAGAUCAUUGAUCACGUCAAACAAGUGCGAGAUCGCGCAUUCGCCGUAUUCCCCUAUCCAUGUAUCGGAUCUUUCCGGUUCCUCGACAUAUCCAUCUGCAACUCAUCUGCAUACUCUGAAAUCCUGUCCCGCUUGAAGGACACCUCCGACAUCUACCUGGACUUAGGCUGCGCCAUGGGCCAAGACAUCAGACACCUUGUCCACCAAGGAGCCCCUCAAUCCCAAAUCUAUGGCUCAGACCUCUACUCCAAAUUCAUCGACUUGGGAUACGAGCUCUUCGCGGACCGCGACACUCUCUCAUGCGAAUUCAUCACCAGCGACAUCUUCGACGACAGCAGUGAACUAUUCCAGCGUCUUGGGGAGAAGGUAGACAUGAUCAACGCGGCCUCAUUUUUCCACCUCUUCGACUGGGAUACCCAGGUAAAGCUGGCUAAGCAGGUCAUGAAGCUGAUGAAGCCCAAGCCCGGGUCUAUUGUGGUUGGUCGCCAUGUGGGUGAUUAUAAUGCCGGGGAGUUGGAGGCCAAAGAAUUGGGCUCGAACAUUUGGCGCCAUGAUUUGGAUUCGUGGAGGAGGUUGUGGGAGCAGGUGGGGAGGGAGACGGGAACGGAGUGGAAGGUCGAUGUUACGGGCGAGGAGUGGAAGGGGAUUACGAAGGUGGCGCAUAAUGGGGAGACGACGUUUAAGAUGCAGUUUCUUGUGAGGAGGGUUUAA